AUGGAAAUCUGCCAAACAUCUAACUGUGUCCAUAGUCCUAUAGCCGUUUGUUUACAUUGUCAAGGACAUUUCUGUGUUGAACAUCUUUUACAACAUAAUGAAGAAUUAAUAUGUGAAGCAAAUAUGUAUUGUGAUGAAUUUAAUAAAAUAACUGAAGAAAUUGAAAAUAUGUCAUUUGAUGAACAAUUCACAUCAGCUGAAGAGGAUUUAAAUGAUUGGAUAAAUGAUCAAAUGAAACAAUUAGAUAAAAUUUAUGAAGCAAAACUAUUUGAAUUAAAACAAGCACAUUCAGAAGUUGAAGAAAAAUUAAGCAAAUUCAAACAAAUUCAACGAUUUAAAAUAACUGGCAUACAACGUCGAUUAUUUAAUUCACAAUUAAGUAAACAAAUAGGUUUUGAACAAUUAAAUCAAAUGAAAACAGCUGUUGAAAAAUUACGUGAAGAUAUUCAUCAAUUUAAAACAAAUCAAUGUUCAAUAAAAUUAGUUAAUAAUGAUCAAAUGAAUUAUUCCUAUAAACCAAAUAUUGAUAUACAAUUAGAAAAGAAAAUUUCAGAUGACAAUAAAACAAUUAUUAAAAUUAAUAAUGAUUUAAAUCAAACAUAUAAUUCGUCAAAAAAAUCUCAAUUACGGGCAGAUGCUAAACCAUUUGAAUAUGUACCAAAGGAACAAAAUUGUAAUUCUCUUUCGUCUAUUCGACAAAAAGAUCUUCCUAGUCGAUUAUUCGAUAAAUAUGCUUUAGUUGGAUCAAUAAAUAAAACGGCGUAA